AGGUAAUCAUAUUCUACCUGAUGAAGAUUUGGCUUCCUUUCAUUGGAGUUUACUUGGUCCAGAACAUCCACUAGCUUCACUUAAGGUACGUGCUCACCAGUUAGUUUUACCGCCUUGUGACGUAGUGAUCAAAGCCGUAGCUGACUACGUCCGUAAUAUUCAGGACACCACCGAUUUGGAUGCCAUAGCAAAAGAUGUUUUUCAGCAUUCACAGUCUAGAACAGAUGACAAAGUUACUCGAUUUAAGAGAGCGGUUGCUUAUUACUCAGCAACUAAUAAACCUAUGCCAUUUCAUCCACCACAUUACCUGGCAGCCAGACCAAAUCAGUUUGGUAUGCCAGGGAUAGUGCCACCAUAUGUUCCUUCUCAGAUGCUUAACAUUCCACAGACCUCACUGCAAGCAAAACCUGUGGCCCAGCAGAUGUCCAAUCAGGGUGGGGCCCAAGGUCAGGGUCCAUACCCAUAUAGUCUCUCUGAGCCAGCCAUCACCUUGGAAACAGGAGGAAAAAGCCUUUCUGAGCAGAACAGCUACAGUAACAUUCCUCACGAAGGAAAACAUACACCAUUGUAUGAACGAUCUUCUCCAAUAAAUCCAGCUCAGAGUGGGAGCCCCAAUCACGUGGAUUCAACCUAUUUUCCUGCCUCUUCUACAUCUUCGUCCUCCGACAAUGAUGAAGGCAAUGGCGGUGCAGUGAACCAUGUCAGUGGGAACAAAAUAGGCUGGGAAAAAACAGGAACCCAGUCAGAAAGUCAAACACGUGGAGAGCUGGGAGACCAAACAAAGGCAGAAGGUUCCUCCAGCGCUUCUUCAGGAAGUCAGGCAGCUGAUGUCAAAGGGAAUCAAACCAGUAAUCCGCAAAUCCCAUGCCUCUUGUCAAUGCCCACCAGAAACCACAUGGAUAUUACCACCCCUCCAUUACCUCCUGUAGCACCUGAAGUAUUGAGAGUGGCAGAGCACAGGCACAAGAAGGGGUUAAUGUAUCCCUACAUCUUUCAUGUCCUAACCAAGGGUGAAAUCAAAAUUGCCGUUUCUAUAGAAGAUGAAGCCAACAAAGACCUGCCUCCUGCUGCUCUCCUUUAUAGGCCAGUUCGUCAGUAUGUUUACGGAGUCCUGUUUAGUUUGGCAGAAAGCAGAAAGAAAACUGAAAGACUUGCUUUUAGAAAGAACAGACUUCCACCAGAAUUUUCGCCAGUGAUAAUUAAAGAAUGGGCCGCUUACAAAGGUAAAUCUCCUCAAACCCCUGAGCUGGUGGAAGCACUCGCCUUCAGGGAAUGGACCUGUCCCAAUCUGAAGAAGCUGUGGCUGGGAAAAGCGGUCGAGGACAAGAACCGAAGGAUGAGGGCGUUUCUGGCCUGCAUGAGAUCAGACACACCAGCAAUGCUCAAUCCAACUAAUGUGCCCACACAUCUUAUGGUGCUCUGCUGUGUGCUAAGGUAUAUGGUACAGUGGCCGGGGGUUCGUAUACUUCGUCGCCAGGAACUUGAUGCUUUUCUUGCCCAAGCGUUGUCUCCAAAGCUCUAUGAACCUGACCAGCUGCAGGAACUCAAGAUUGAGAAUCUCGAUCCCCGAGGAAUUCAGCUGUCCGCUUUAUUUAUGAGUGGUGUCGAUAUGGCGCUUUUUGCAAACGACGCUUGCGGGCAGCCAAUUCCAUGGGAGCACUGCUGUCCGUGGAUGUAUUUCGAUGGAAAGUUAUUCCAGACCAAGCUCAUCAAAGCAAGCCGGGAGAAAGUUCCGCUCAUUGACCUCUGUGAUGGUCAGGCUGAGCAGGCAGCCAAGGUUGAAAAGAUGCGUCAGAGCAUCCUAGAAGGAUUAAAUUUCUCCAGGCAGAACCAUCCUCUCCCUUUCCCGCCUCCACCUGCCAUGCCUUUCUAUCCAGCUUCUAUGUAUCCUCGACACUUUGGGCCAGUCCCACCACCUCAGGGCAGGGGGAGAGGCUUUGCUGGAGUCUAUGGCUUCGGAGGCCCUUAUUUAGCCACAGGCACUUACCGGGCCUUCCGGGUGGCGGCAGCGGCAGGACACUCCGGAGCCUUCUCUGGCAAUGACAGCAACAGGACUAGCAAGUUUCAGGGCGGAGUCCAACCUAUUCCUUCUCAGGGAGGGAAACUUGAAAUUGCCGGCACUGUAGUCGGCCAUUGGGCUGGAAGCAGACGUGGACGAGGGGGGAGAGGGCCGUUUCCUCUGCAGGUUGUUUCCGUGGGAGGACCAGCGAGAGGGUGA